GCCGUGCGGGCGCCCUCGGGGCCUUUAAAUGAGGCCUUCCUGGGCGCGCGGCAGGGAGUUCGGCGAAGCGUGUGUACAAGGGUCGGCUUUUCCCCGGGCCAGAGCCGCUUGGGACCCUGAGUUGAAUGUAGACUCUAGGAAGGAUCCGAUCCUCAUUCUCUUGGAGCCUUCCCUGCCAGGCUGAAAUAUUGUGAGCUAGAGUGAAGGAGAAAUCUAGGAAGAUGAGCUCUAGCAUAACCAUGAGUGAACCGAGACUGAACUGGGAUGUUACACCCAAAAAUGGCCUUAAAGCAUUUUUCUCUCCCGAAAAUUACAAAGAUCAUUCCAUGGCUCCAAGCUUAAAAGAACUCUAUAUUUUGUCUAACAGACGUAUAGGAGAAAAUUUGAAUGUCUCAGCAAGUUCUGUAGAAAAUGAGCCUGCAGUUAGUUCAGCAACUCAAGCAAAGGAAAAAGUUGGGAUGAUUCUCCUUCCAAAACCAAGAGUUCCUUAUCCUCGUUUCUCUCGGUUCUCACAGAGAGAGCAGAGGGCUUACGUGGAUUUGUUGGCUAAAUAUGCGAAAAUCCCCUCAAGUUCCAAAGCUGUUGGAACAAAUACAAAUGAAUUCCUGCAGUAUUUGGAUAUGAAAAAACAUGUGAAUGAAGAAGUUAAUGAAUUCCUAAAGUUUUUGCAGAAUUCUGCAAAGAAAUGUGCACAGGAUUAUAAUAUGCUCUCUGAUGAGGCCCGUCUCUUCACAGAGCAAAUGCUAAGAGCUUGUAUUGAACAAGUAAAGAAGUACCCAGAAUUUUAUACUCUCCACGAAGUCACCAGCCUAAUGGGAUUUUUUCCUUUCAAAAUAGAGAUGGGACUGAAGUUAGAAAAGACUCUUCUUGUUUUGGGCAGUGCAAAAUUUGUAAAAACAGCAUUUCCCUCGAUGCCUGUGAAGUUACAGCUUUCAAAAGAUGACAUGUCUUCCAUUGAGACCCCACAGCAGAAAGCUGAAGCUAUGCACUAUGAUAUUAGUAAAGACCCGAAUGCAGAGAAGCUUGUUUCAAGAUACCAUCCGCAGAUAGCUCUGACUAGCCAAGCAUUAUUCACCUUGCUCAAUAACCAUGGACCAAGCUACAAGGAGCAGUGGGAAAUCCCAGUGUGUGUUCAGAUGAUAGCUGUGGAAGGUUCCAAACCAGUUAAAGUAAUUUAUAUUAAUUCACCACUUCCCCGAAAGCAAAUGACAAUGAGAGAAAGAAAUCAAAUCUUCCAUGAAGUUCCAUUAAAACAUGUGAUAUCAAAAAACACAUCUGUCCCAGUCUCUGCGGUCUUUAUGGACAAACCUGAAGAGUACACCUCUGAGAUGGACAUAUCCACUGAAGCUAAUGAGUGCCGAAAAAUUGAGACUCUGGAAAAUUUGGAUCUGGAUUUUGAUGAUGAUGUCACAGAACUUGAAACCUUUGGAGUAACUACCACUAGUCCAUCCAGGUCACCAAGUUCAGAAAAUGACUCCCCUGUACCCAUCUUGACAGAUGUCCACACAGCCUCCAAAGUAGCAACUGCACCUGUGGCACCCCCUGCACCUGUGGCACCACCUGCACCUGUGGCACCCCCUGCACCUGUGGCACCCCCUGCACCUGUGGCACCACCUGCACCUGUGGCACCACCUGCACCUGUGGCACCACCUACACCUGUGGUACCACCUGCACCUGUGGUACCAGCUACACCUAUGGUACCAGCUACACCAAGCAUUACUGAUGAUUCUAGAAGCUUAUGUCAGAUUCUGAUGAAACAAUUACAAAAGGAGAAACAGCUGUUCUCUGGUGUGGAAAAUGGUCCUGAAGAGUGCAAAAAUAAAGAUGAUCAGGGACUUGAAUCUUGUGGUGAAGAGGUUCACAGUGUCAGUGCAAAAUCUUUGACACAAGGUAAUGAACCCCACAAAACAUCUGAUGGGAUCUCUAAGGCAAUCGAUGUAGAUAUGCUGUAUACCAAUGAUGAAGGACCAGGUGUUCAGGGGAACACAGACAAUGCCAACAAAACAGCUACUGCAUCAGAACCAGCUAAAACUGAGAAAGGGAUUUCUUGCGGGAGUGAUACAGAUGAGGACUGUUUAAUCAUUGAUACAGAGAGUAGAAGUAUUAGUGAUGGAAAGACAGCUGAUGUGGGUUCUAGACCACCAAGUCCAAAUUCUUCAGUGCAGACUUCUGUUGGAAACCAGACCACUACUACUGUUUCUGAAGAAUCUUGUGUUUUAAAGAAACCUAUCAAAAGAGUCUAUAAAAAAUUUGAUCCAGUUGGAGAAAUUCUGAAAAUGCAGGAUGAGCUUUUAAAGCCAAUUUCCAGGAAAGUGCCUGAGUUGCCCUUGAUUAAUUUAGAAGAAUCUAAACAGCCAUCUGCCGCUGAACAACCCUCCGUUACUUCAGAUGCCUCAAGCUGGCCAAAAUCUAGUUGGACUUCUGCAUUUCAGAAGCCUAAAGGACGAUUGCCAUAUGAACUCCAAGACUAUGUUGAAGAUACAUCAGAAUAUAUAGCUCCUCAAGAAGGAAAUUUUGUCUACAAGUUGUUCAGCCUACAAGACCUGCUGUUACUUGUGCGGUGCAGUGUCCAGAGGAUAGAGACAAGACCACGGUCCAGAAAACGGAAGAAGAUCAGAAGACAAUUUCCAGUUUACGUGCUACCAAAAGUAGAAUAUCAAGGUUGUUAUGGAGUUGAAGCUCUGACUGAAAGCGAGCUCUGUCGCUUCUGGACUGAAAGUUUAUUGCAUUCCAACUGCUCGUUUUAUGUUGGGCAUAUUGAUGCAUUUACUUCAAAGCUUUUCAUGCUAGAAGAAAUCACCUCAGAAGAAUUAAAAGAAAAACUUGCAGCACUCAAGAUUUCAAGUUUAUUUAACAUUCUCCAACACGUUCUAAAGAAAUUGUGUAGCUUGCAGGAUGGGUCCUACUUGCUAUCUCACGCAGCAGAAGACUCUUCGCUCCUGAUCUACAAGACCUCAGAUGGAAAAGUUACGAGGACAGCAUAUAAUUUGCAUAAGGCGCAUUGUGACCUUCCUGGUGUACCUUCCAGUCUCUCAGUUCCUUGGGUUCCAUUAGAUCCCAGCUACCUGUUACCAUAUCACAUCCAUCAUGGACGAAUACCUUGUACUUUUCCGCCUAAAUCACUGCGCCCUGCAGCACAACCAAAGGUUGGUGGGACAAGAAUGCCUCUUCAUAGCCACAGGAAUCCAGUUUCCAUGGAAACCAAAAGCAGUUGCCUGCCUGUUCAGCAAGUUGAAAAUGAAGGAGUGGCUCAGAAUAAAAGGAAAAUAACGUAAGGACUGGACCAUGGAAAAUGAAGUUUCAGAAAAACCAGUUGUACCAGUGUUUAACGUUCAUCAACUUUGAGGGGAAACAUGCCCUAAAAAGCAGCUAGCAAGAAGAGUGUUUCCCCUUGCUCUCCUGGAGUUCUUAAAAAGUGCCUUGGAAACCUACUGACUGUGGGAAGGGCAGUGCCAGCAGAAGUUAGUGUCCCUCCUCACUUCUGCAUGGAGAAAGACAAAUAUUUUUAUAGUACUCUUUUCUAAAGAUCACAGAUAGGAAAACCACUUGCUGUUUUAGAAAGUGUCAUGUGUUAUAUUAGUAAUUUGAUUGUAUUGCUAGUCUAAUAAGACUGGCCCAAACGGUUAAACAUGGCCACUGUAGAGACAGCUGUGUUCGUUCUUCAUGGCCCAUUUUUAUCAGUAUCAACACUACUAUUGAUGUGUUUGAAAACCUGUUGAAAUUCCAUUGUGGACACCAGAAGUGAAAACAAGGAAGAUCUCUGUUUCUGAAAAGUGGCAAAUGGAUAUUUUCCUGCUAGGCAACCACACAUGUGUUUUAUAAAACACUAGCAUUCUGUGGUGUGACAGCUUUAGUGACAGUGCCUCUACAAAUUCCGGCUGAGUGUGGUGAACCACACUGCCAAAAGCCAAGACAACAUGAGUAUGCAGGCAUUCGGGGGAAAAAAGCUUGAGCAUUCCAUCAGGCAUGGGUAAGGUGCCAUUAAGCCUAGGAUUUUCUUAUUUAUUUUUCUCAUUUAUCCUGAUUCAUUCAGAAAGCAGCAUCAGCAGUGGGUUGGCCAGUUUGGAUGUGAGGGGACAGACCUGUUCACUUUUUGUUACCUAUUUUUUAAUAAACACUAAAGGUAUCAGAAAUGUGUUUGCAAUCUCAGAAAUACAAGAUUUGUAGUCCAAAGGCAAUUUUCUUGUUGUUUUGGGCCAGUGUGUGCAUGUUUGUGUCUGUGUGUGUUCCAUGGAAAUUAUACCCAAAAAUCGGGGUCUAGAGAAAGGGCUAUUGCAGAGGACCAGAUUUGAUUCCCAAUCACAUGACUGCCCACAACCAUCUAUAACUCCAGUUCCACAGGAUCAGAUGACCUAUUCUGGCCUCUGUGGGCACUUCAUGUAUGUGGUAUACAUACAUAUAUUUUGAUAAAACAUUCGUGCCCAUAAAAUAAAAUUCUCUUAAUGAAAAAAAUACUCAAAUCCUCUAAAGUAUUUUAAGCUGAAAUUUUUAUCUUCUACUAUCAAGUUUUGUUUUGAAUUGAUUUUUCCGAGGAGUUGGUUGCCUAAAUUAUUAGUACAUAUUACUAUAUGGAUUUUUUGUUUUGUUGUUUUGUUUUGUUUGAGACAGAGUCUAUACAUAGCUCUGGCUGUCCUAUAACACAGAAAUCACCUACCUCUGCCUCCUGAGUGCUGGGAUUAAAGAUGUGCGCCACCAUGUCCAGCUACUGUAUGGAUUUAAUGUAUGAUUUCCUCAGCCUGCUACUCUUUUUUUAAAAGACUUAACUUUCCUCCAUAAACUUUGUCACUUAUGCACAUAUUCAGAAAUAUUUUAGUUUUGACUCAUUUGGCAUUCAGCCUGGGAAUGUGGGGUAGGGGAUCCCUUUGGAAUUAGCUCUUUUCCAAAGCUAGACAGUGUUUGCUGCAGUCUGAAUGUUGAAGACUGCCUUGACUUCCUCUGUCUACAGUGAUUAUUUUUUAAUUAUCAAACCUGGGAACAGUUCUGAUCACAUAAGAGCUGGUUUUCCUCUGUACUUAACAAAGGCUCUUUUUAAACACAUAUUUGAUGUUGUCUUUUGUUCUUGAUUUUUAGCAUAAAGAAUUUGUAAGCAAGGUAGUGAUAUUGAUAAUAACUGUAGCAACGUUUUUGUUGUUGCUGUUGUUGUUUUUCUUUAAUAUAAGCUUGGGGUUACCUCAAUAUUAGAGUACUCACCUAGCAUGCCUGUGACCAAAGGUUCUGUCUAGAUGCAUAGGAAGAAAAGGAGAUAUUAGGAUAUUAUGAACCUAAACCUGGCUCCUAUAUUCUUUUGUGUGAAAGUAUAAUUAAUGUAAACGUCUUAGAAAACAAGUUCAAGAAUUUGACUACAGCAUUGUGUCAUGAAAUGUCACUAGGUCGCUAUUGUCCUCUUGUCACAUUCAGACCUCACAAUAUUGUUUACUUGACAGUAGACAACAAGUUCUGGGGGGCGGGGCAGAAGCAUAUUUGUUUACCAUUAAAUAACAAUACCAGUAGAUACGUGUUGUAUUCAGGAAUGAAUAGAUAUCAAGGACAGAUGGCUACAUGAGACCCUGUCUCAAAUCAGAUUUUUCUUUUCCUUGUAGGUGUACAUUCUAGUAGAGGAAUUUGUGUGGUGAGAGCCCUGAUAAAAAGUCAUCUUGAAAGCUAUGUUGAGCUGGGGGUGUAUAGCUCAGUGGUAGAGAGCUUGCCUAGCAUACCUGAGACCCUGAGUUCCACCCCUGUCACUAUAAAAAGAAAAAAGAAAAAGAGCCAUAGCACAUAACCAAGUCUUGAUAAUUAAGGAAGGAGUUUCUGAAAUAAAACUUCAGCUGGUUAUUUUUUUUUUUUUAUUUAUUUAUUUAUUAUGUAUACAGAAGAGGGUUGCCAGAUCUCAUUACAGAUGGCUGUGAGCCACCAUGUGGGUGCUGGGAAUUGAACUCAGGACCUCUGGACCUCUCGAAGAGCAGUCGGUGCUCUUAACCUCUGAGCCAUCUCUCCAGCCCCUAUUUUUGUUUUUUUAAUGGGUAGGAGUUAGAGAAGGAAGGUACAGAAUAUGAAAAGGUGAAAGGUGGCCAGAGCCCAGGCUGUGAACAUGGAGAUGACUGAGCAAAUCAUAGUUUAGACACUGGGAUCCUAUCCCACACAACUUGGAAACCUGUAGUGAAGUUUAACAAAAAAUGUGAUCAGGUAUGUGUCCGAGAAAGGCUUUUGGUCAGCACUGUUCUACAGAAUGCACUGGGGAAAAGUUGAAUAUUUUAAGGGAGGAUCUGAAAUUGGUAACAAGCCAGCACUGUCCGUCGGGUACAGCUUACCUAGAAGCAUUUGUAAUGCUGGGAGAGUGCUGGUGUUCUGCACUAGAGAAAAUUAAAGUGUGGUUAGAGAGGGAAGAAAGCACACUGUUGCUUUAGCCGUUCUACUCCCUGGACUCUGGCUGUGGAUGCUGUGGUGCUGUGUAUUAGUUACCUAUGUGACGUGCCUGAAUGACAAAGACUGUCCAGGUGCAGCUCAGCACUCCGCCCCGAGCUCAAAGGUUCUUCUGUACUUGCAAUCAUGUUGUUGACUGGAGACAUCCACUUCCUCCAAGCCAAGGUUCACAUGCAUGUAUGUAGGUAGAAGGCCUUGGUUCUUCUGUUGUCGCAGUAGGCCAUGGGCCCUUUUUGUCUGGACUGCUGUGUAGCACAGCCCAAAUGUCCUCAUGGCACAGCAACCUGCACACCCCAGCAUUAGCUGCCUCAGAAAGGAGCAACAAGGAAGUGAUGGUGUCUCAGAGGUCAAGCACUGACUUCUGCCAUAUUCUCCUGGUUAGAAGUAAGUCACUAAGUCCACAAUCUUGAAUGCCAGCUCUGUGAGGGGAGGAAUACACAAAGACUAUAUGAACCUAUUUAUUUAAAUAAUAUUUAUUAAUUGAGAAUUUCAUAGUAUGAUUUGAUCAUAUUCACUCCCCUACCCCUAACUCUUCCUAGAUCCACCCACCUCCCUACCUCUUCAACUUUAGAUUUUGUGCUUGUUUUUGGUUUAUAAACCCAUCAACUCCAGUGUGUGUUAUCCAGAUACUCUUGGUUAUGGGGCCUACCCUGGAGCAUGGUCAACCUACCAACUGACUACUCCCUCUCCCAGCAGCUAUCAGUUGUCAAUAGCACAAUUUUAGGGGUAGGACUUCAUUCCCACCUCCACUCAACUAUGCUGGGAUUUGUCUGGCUUGAGCUUUUGUAGGUCUUAUGCAUACUGUCACAAUCACUGUGAUAGUUCGUAUGUUCAUCUGCCCAGUUGUAUCUGGAAAGUGCCAUUUCCUCUUAGCUAUUCACCAUUAUGACUCUUAGCAUCUUUCUGCCCCCUUUUCCAUGAAGAUCCUUGAGCCUUGUGAGGAACAGUGUGAUAUAGGCAUGCCAUUUAGGAAUGAGUAAUCCUAUCCUCUUGUUCACAGCACAGGAGCUGUGGGUCUCCUGUUUAUUGCCAUCUGCUGCAAGAAGUAGAUUCUCUGAUGAGGGUGGGAAGAUGCACAGAUCUAUGGCUGUAGCACUAAGUCAUUUUGAGUCUUUAUAUAAUGCUACGUCCAUUUAGCAGAAUAAUGGUAGAUUCUUCCUCUAGGGGCAGUGAUGUGUCUAGCCGUACGUAGGUUCUUGACCCUAUUAACAAUGGCAGGUAUGGGUUCUGUCUGAUGGAUUGGGACUUAAAUCCAAUCAGACAGUAGUUGGUUAUUCCUAUAGCAUUUGGGCCACUAUUGCACCAGUGGCCGUAUCUUGCCAGGAUAAUUAUUAUGGCAGCUUAUAGGUAUGGAUCUAUUUUUAAACCACCAUACAUGCCAUGAACACAUUUAAGGGUGUAUAAGACCUAGUGUGUAGAAAGAAAAGGAAUUACUAUCUUACCUACUGUCUUAGGCUAAGGCAGAAGGAUUUAUGAAUUUGAGGUCAACAUGGGAUGCACGGCAGGACCCUGAUUCAAAAGAUGUCAGUUACUAUCAGCACAUUAAAUCUGAGACAAAAAUUACUUGUGUCUUUAACAUUUGAGCUCAAGUUAGAAGCCACAUCAAUACAGAUUUCAGAGUUGGUGAUUGAAAUUGGAGCAAAGGGCAAAAUGGAGCAGCAGAAAUGAAUAAGGAAAAGAAUAGCAGAGAAAACUGGACAUUUUGGUUGCACUAGAAAAUGGUGGGAGCAUAUCAGAAGGACACAGGGCUAGCUGAAAGGUGUCCCAGGUCCAAGAAAAUUUGAAUAUUAAAUGACUGUAGUAGUCAUCUGCAAUCCUCUGAGUAAAAUAAUUCAAGAGUCACUGACCAUCAAUGAAAAAAUAAACAGGAGGGUGCCAUUCAGUUCUACGGUAUGCCAACCAGCACAUGAAAUGAUGGAGUUAGAAAAAUCAUCCAUUUGUAAUUGCUAGAGUAAUUUAGCAGUCAACAGAUAUUAAAGUCAAUGAGAGUUUGGUGAUAAAUAGGAACAAUUACAUAGUCUUAUUUAAAGAAUCACCCUGAAAAUUGUUUAUUAUUUGGUGAAUAUAGUGUGUUUAUCAAUUUACUUAGAGUUGAAGAAACUGUCCUAAGACGGAGUGUUGUCACUAGUAAGAUACAGGAACAUAGCAGUUGUGUUUCCUACUGUGCACCAGGAGAAAGUAGUGUCAGUAAUGUGGCAUCUUCCUGGCAUAAAGGUGUCCAUCAUGAAGAAACACCCAGAGAGCCCAAACCAGAGACAGUCUAUAAAACAAGUGGUUUGGGGAUUUUCAGGAAUCCCAUCAUCCCUGUGAAAGACAGAGGAAGGCUAUUGUCUUAGGGUUUCAAUUGCUGUGAAGAGACACUGUGACCAUGGCAACUCUUAUAAAGGAAAACAUGUAAUUGAGGUGGCGACUUACAGUUUCAGAGGUUUAGUUCAUUAUCGUAGUGGGGAGCAUGGUGGCGUGCAGGCAGACAUGGUGCUGGAGAAGGAGCUGCUGCAUGUUGAUAUAAAGGCAACAGGAAGUAGACCGAGUAUCGCACUGAACAAAGCUUGAAGGAAGGAGACCUCAAAGCCCACCCCCACAGUGACACUCUUCCUCCAGCAAAGCCACACCUCCUCAUAGUGCAACUCCUUUUGGGGGCCAUUUUCUUUCAAACCACCACAGCUGUCAAGCUGUUUCUGCUUGUGGACACUAGCUAAAUGUGACUCAUGACCAUGGUUUGGACUUGGUUCCCGCUCUAAUAGAGGGUAUCAUCAAAACAACAUAACUUGGAGCAUGUAGUAGUGAGUAAUGGUAGAUGAAGGCUAAUCUCGUUUUACCAUUGUGAUGUCAGAAAGUGCCCCAUACUUGGGAAGUAAAUGCCUACAUGCAUAUUGAUAUGAGACAAGAUGUCUGUAACUUAUUUACAAAUUGGAAGAUUCAGGUAUGGAAAUGGUAGCAGGGAGGGUUGAUGUCAGGUACACAAGAACAGUGUGUAUGCUUAUAUGUAUUUCUGCAGUGUUUGUAUGAAUUUAGGACUAGUGCAAAAUAGAUCUUUUUGAAAGGUACUGUUUACAUUGUAGGGAGUUCAGGGAAAAUGAACUAGGGAAUGUUAUUAGACUCUCAGCCAUCCACAGAUUUCUUAAUGUGAAACAGCAGCAGCACAGCGAGCUGAGAGCUGAGUGGUGAGGAAGGAGAGCAUGAGAGUAGAGAGGUACUGAGCAGUGUGUGAAGGGGUGGAUCUGAAACCAGAAGAAGAACCAAGGGGGAGUGUAGCUAGAGUUUUCCUGCCUGGCCCACGGUCAGGGCAAAUCUCUCUCACCUGCCAGUCCCACAGCUGCUCAGACCCGACCAAGUAAACACAGAGAUUUAUAUUGCUUACAAACUGUAUGGCCGUGGCAGGCUUCUUGCUAACUGUUCUUAUAGCUUAAAUUAUUUCUAUAAAUCUAUACCUUGCCACAUGGCUCGUGGCUUACCGGCAUCAUCACAUGCUGUUUGUCAUCAUGGCGGCUGGCAGUGUCUCUCUCUCAGCCUUCCACUUCCCAGCUUUAUUCUCCUCCUUGUCCCGCCUAUACUUCCUGCCUAGCCACUGGCCAAUCAGUGUUUUAUUUAUUGACCAAUCAGCAACACAUUUGCCAUACAGAACAUCCCACAGCAGGGGAGGGAUUUGGGUUUUGGAAUGGUAUGGACUUGUAUUUUCAGGUUUCGAGACAUCUGCCUGCAAGAUGAUAUAGUAAGGACACUAAGGAAUUUAGCAGUCGGCAGAAAGUACUGGCGAAGACUAGUUGGGAGCCCCUGGAAAGGACUAUAAGACAGUUGAAGGUCAAGAUACUACUUACCAAGGUUCCAUUUGGAAAGAGUCCCCAUAUACCCUCUGUCCCCUCACCUGUCCCCAUAUACCCAUCUGUUCUCCCCAGUCCUGUGGCUGCCAUGACACUAAGUGGAAUUGACCCCACCUACUAUAUUGUGUAUAUGUGUUAUGUUAUCUUCAUCCAUUCCUCUGUUGGUGGACAUUAAGCUGGUUCCAUAUCAUCAUUAUUCCCACCUUUUCAAAGUCUGGCCUCAACUCUAUAGGCAGCUGGGCACUGAGAAAGAAACUAAAGGUCCAGAGACUAAAGAGAUGGCUCAGUAAACCUGUACUGCUCUUGCAGAGGACCUGAGUUAGGUUCCCAGCACCCAUAUCAAGCAGCUCAAAACUACCUCUAAUUCCAGCUCUGAGAGACCUGACACCCUUUCUGAUCACCACAGGUACCUGCACUUAUGAGCACAAACCCAGACAAAGACAUACACACACUCAAAGUCUUAGCAAGACUAGAGAUCCAUGUUCAGACACAUUUUCACAAUACUAAUUCAAUUUAUGUUAGCUUACUUCAUUCACAGAAGGCGAGGUGUGGUGGAGCGUGUCAUCCACAAUCCCAGCAGCCCUUGGGAGGCUGAGGCACAAGGUACACAGAUUCAGAAUCAGUCUGGGCUACACCGCGGGACCCUGUCUCCAAAACAGGUGAAGAAACAAGUGAAGAUUUCAGUUAGAUUCAACAAUUGCGAGAUAACUUAUGUUGAACCUUGUUCUACACAUUCUUCCCAGCUGCAAAGCUUGUCUGCACUUGAAUACAUGGCCUCUGCGUCUCCCUGCGGUACCACCGCCAAGACCCAAAAGCUCAUCUACAGUCCCUGGCCUGCUGAGAACAUACCUAUUCUUCCAUCGGCUCUCAGAUCCUCACCACUGGCACACAGUGUUCUCAGGGCCAGUGAGUGUGUUUGCAAACCAGUCUUUCCGCAGACCUCCAUCCGACCUAAACUGCAGAAACAGGCUUUAAACUGUAACCCUUUUUUUUUUCAUCCCACCUAUUAGCUAGGACUCCAAUAAAUAAAGACAAUAUUG